AUGUCUGCUUAUAAAUAUAAUGAUUUAAUUAAAUUAACUACUCAAUAUGCACAUCGUAUGAACUAUUUAUCAAAUCGUAUAUUCGGUGAAGUAGCGCGAGCAACAAAUUCAAAGUCUUUGAAGGUGGUGAAAAUGUACAGUGAAGAGCCUGUGGGAAAACGUGAUUACGUUAUCAACUGGUAUCCAAGACAUGUGGAGACUCACAUACUUAUGAAGAACUUAAGACUUUAUGGUUUAUUUAGAGAUGAGCACGAAGAUUUCAAAGAAGAAAUGAAACGUAUGCGUAAACUUAGGGGCAAAGCUCCACCCAAAAAAGGAGAAGGCAAACGAUCCAAAAAAUAAAAUUCCACCAAGUUUUAAAAGCAUUUUUAUUCAUUUAUGGCGGUUAAUAAAAGUUUAGCUUCACCUUGAAA